CCAUGUUUUGUAAAUGUGUACAGUAAUGAAGUAGUCUACACUUCCUUAUUCUAAUUUCUAAGGAGAAUUUUAUGAGUAACGAAAAUGGUAGCGAUUAACAGCGUAUGCGUAGAGUUUAUACACAUCAUUUUUAUCAUAAUUCUAUCUGUCCUCUACAUUCCGGCAACAAGUCAGCCAGUGUCACUCACAGUGAACAACUUUGACCAAGUAGUUAAAAAUACAGAAAUAGUAUUUAUCAACUUCUACGCUGAUUGGUGCCGAUUUAGUCAAAUAUUAAAUCCUAUAUUUGAAGAAGCAGACAAGAAAUUACGUACAGAUGUUCCUGAUGCUGAGGGAAAAGUAAUAUUUGGGAAAGUCAACUGUGAUGAACAAGUACAAGUGUGCACACGGCACCACAUUUCCAAGUACCCAACGCUGAAGCUUUUUCGAAAUGGCAACAUGGCAAAGCGGGAGUAUCGUGGACAACGCUCUGUUGAUGCGUUGGCUAAUCACAUUAAGGAUCAGGUGGCAGAUCAAGUUGUGGAAUUCAAGGAUGUGGAUGAUCUUGACGACCUGAGUAUUAAGAAAAGGAACAUAGUAGGUUUCUUUAAUGUGAAGGAAUCGAACACAUAUGCGGUGUUUGCAAGAGUGGCAUCUAUCUUGAGAGAUGAUUGUACCUUCCACGCCGGCUUCGGUGAGGUGACAAGGAAGGAAAGGACAGGAGGAGACAACAUUAUUUUUAGACCCCCUCACAAUAAACCGGACAUGGUGUACAUUGGCCCGCUGACAAACUUUGACUUACUCUACGCAUGGACCGCUGACAAGUGUAAUCCUCUUGUCCGCGAAAUUAGUUUUGAAAAUGCUGAGGAAUUGACAGAGGAAGGCCUGCCAUUCCUUAUCCUGUUCCACGAUCCUAGCGACACAAAAAUAGUGGAAGAAUACACGAAAAUUGUGUCUAGCGAACUGCUCAUGGAAAAGAAUAGCAUCAAUUUUGUAACAGCAGAUGGACUCAAGUUCUCUCAUCCGCUCCACCAUCUUGGAAAAGCAUCUAAAGAUUUACCUCUGAUAGCCAUAGACAGCUUCAGACACAUGUAUAUGUUCCCUGAUAUCAAGGAUAUGACCGCACCAGGUAAGUUAAAGCAAUAUGUAGCAGAUCUCCAUUCUGGGAAGCUACAUAGAGAGUUUCAUCACGGACCAGAGAAGCAAGCAUCUCAUGAUAAGUUGAAGCUUCAUCAGCAACCACCAUCACAGACUGAUCCGCCUGAAUCCACGUUCAAAAAGCUACAGCCUUCUAGGACCCGCUACACAAUUCUCAGAGAUGAACUCUAAGCGUGCAGUAUCAUCCACAAUAGCCAAACACCCUUCAUAGACAACUACGCAUCAAAACCCCUGAAUGGUGCAAUGGUGAAGCAGUGUGUGACAUAAAAUGGGACCUUCCAGUCGGCUCUUUUCGCCCUGUUUAAUGAAUUUCAAGAUUGGGCACUGUGACCAUUUGAUAUUGUCGUUGCGGUGAAAGUCACCAAUUUCUAUUUAUUUUUUCUUAAUAUCUUACCUGUCGGUAAUUUGAGUACUAUAGAUGAUGGUCAUUGUGCUGGUACUUGCAACUAUGCCAGAACUCAUACUGCAUGCCACUCCAUGUUGACCAGCAGUACUGAGAAAUUAGCAUGCUUAUCCCAACAAAAUACAAUGCAGCCAGUAUAUGAUAACAGAAUAAUAAUAACAGAUCAAUAUUUUGAGACAGAAGCAUUAAGAUAAAGGUAGAUUCUAUAAUACGAUUAUAGACAAUAGGUAUUAGCAUAAGUUUGGUGUCCUCAUGCUGGUUCUUGUUUUUAUUUUGAAAUUGUUUGUAUAAAGUUUUUUCAUACAAGGUUGUUGCUGUAUGGAAUGCUGUGAGGCAAGGCUCUGCCAUAUUCUUUUUUAGUUGUUACUGUCCACGUCAUCAUGGUGUAGUCUUUUUAAUAGAAAUGGUGGAAUAUAUCACCUGAAGGUUUAAGAGAGUAGGAGAAGGGGAGGGAGGGUGGAGAGAUUGGACACAUGCGUAGCAUGUCUGAAAAACCAUAACAUUUACUUCAUGGAAGUUAUUGCAUGUUAAUUAUGUGAUGGGGUGUACAAGGAUUGUAUAUGGCUAAAAUCUCGAUUCUGUGAGAAAUGGGUAUUUCAAGCAAUUGAAAAAUAUGUUAAGGUGUACGAAUUUUAGGUGUCAGAGUUUGGUAACGUUACGAACCCUGCGUGAGUCGUGUCUGCAUUGGUAGCCCCUCCAGAGCCAUUAUGUGCCUUCUCCAGCUGCUGUUUGGUAGUCUGCCAUAAAACAAUUCUCUAGGUUUCUAGUAGUUGGGGUGCAUACAGUAGUCGGUUAUCUUACUGUUACUAAUUGUGAGUAAAACUUCAGGCUUGUAAUAGAUGCGUCACGGCGAGGCAUAGGCGUGUGCAUCUUCCUGCAUGCCACACCACGUGUGCAUGGGUUGCAACAUUUUCAGUCUCUACAUAUUAUUGAGGGCAGGAGGCUUGCAGGUGUAUUCGUCAGUGCAGUUGACUCGUUUGUUAAGCUGAUAAGGAGAGUUAGUAUACAUGAGUGUUACAUGUGUUAGUUGAAUAAAUACCUUAACGCACAGUUGGAAUUUUAAUUCUAGGUGACAUAUUGAAACGUGUGAUUGCACAAUGUUACAAAUCCCUGUUCGUACGUUGUUAGAUACAUUCAUACUUGUUCAUACAUUCUUAUAGAUUUGAUUAGAAAACCCCCUAACUCAUGCUUUGCUUCAUAUUGGACAAGCUAAUAUAUGUACAUUUAGAAAUGUAUGGAUUUUCGUGACUGACAGUAUAGUAUGAAGAUGAGGAUUAAUUUUAUUAAGGGAUGACAUGCGAGAAAAAUACUAUAUGUAUGUAAUAUUAUAAAUUGUCUGAUAAUUUCAGUGACAAGUGUUGACCCUGGUGACUGCACAGUGUGGUGACAUUUUGUUUUUGUUAAUUUUCAUCGCUAGUUUUGUGACGGUGCUGUGAUGCCAUCUAAUCAAUUUGUGGAUACGGUUACAUAAAUAUUGAAUAUAAGGUCAUGAAUAAUACAAGCUGCCACUCAUCUCAUCAUAGUAAUUGUUUAUGUACAGAUGUUAUUGCCAGUAUAAACGAUAUCAUGAUGACCGGCA